AUGCGUCUUCCCAGCCUAUUGCUCGCCCUCUCUGCCUUGAUGCUCAGCGUCAAGGCCGAGAUCGACAUCUCAUCUCUCCCUCAAGCCCUGCAAGUAUGCAUGACCGAAAGACAAGGCGACUUCGGCAUGAAACACCAUAACUUCACCUGGAAAACCGGAGAUGCUGCAGACCUCUGUGCUAUGCCGGUGGAAAGAAUGAUGGCUCUUACGAGAUACAUCGUGCCUUGCGUCAGACAGUAUUGCAUGACGAAUGAGUGUCCUACUGAUGAUGAAGGAAAAGCGAUGCUCGCAAGCUGGUAUUCGGGUCUUUGUGGAAAGGGAAAGAUUGGAGCUUGA